AUGAGACAUCAAGCUACCGACGCUUUGGAAACUGGGGCCACAGGUGAGCAAUUGAGACACACAUGCCGACAGGGAUUCUUACGUGACAGGUCAGCUUGCACCGCUACGGCGACAGACACCCAGUGUGGGGGUGAGACAGACACGGCAGAGCGACCACCAGUCAGCGCCCGGCGCGUGCGAUGGAGAGACUUGCCGAACAAGGACCAGUUGUUCAUCCUAGCGUUAUGCCGGUUCUCGGAGCCUUUGUCCAACGUCUGCCUACUACCGUACAUUUUCUACCUUGUUCGGUCCACGCUGCCCACUGACAAUGACGAGACGCCCGAUGCCACCGCUGCACGCGUCUCCGAGUACUCUGGCCUGCUCGUCGCAGCCUUUCCCCUGGCCCAGUUUGCCGUUAGUUUACCAUGGGGCCGACUGUCCGACGCACGUGGCCGGAGGUUAUCCAUCCUUAUAGGGUUGCUUGCGUCCACUGUGGCGAAUGUCGGCUUCGGGUUGUCUAGAUCCUUCGGUGCCUUGCUCUUCUGUAGGAUAGUUGCUGGGCUUGCCAAUGGCAAUGUGGGCAUCAUGAGAACGGUGACGGCAGAGAUAGUCCGGGAGCGCAAGUACCAGACCAAGGCAUUCUUGCUUUUGCCAUUGGUGUUCAAUUCUGGUAUGGUUGCCAGCCUCGCGCUAGGCGGCUUCCUCGCCGAGCCUGCAACCAACUUGCCGUGGCUCUUCGGUCCAUCUGGGGUUUUUAACACUAAUAAACACUCCGAUGGCGUUGAAUGGACGCUUACAUAUCCGUACGCGCUGCCGGCUUUCAUGAAUGCGAUGUUCUUGACAGUGGCACUCGUUGCAGCAUUCUUCGGGUUGCGCGAGACCCUGCCAGGCAAAGAAGGCUAUAGCGACUAUGGACUCCGAAUCGGACGUAUGAUAGGCCGCUUCCUCGGUGGCACUUCACCAUACAGAGCCGAAGAGGAUUACACGAUAGUCGAUGGGUCGGAGGAAAGACUCCUGCCAGAUGGAGCACAAACCAUCGUCAGGUUGUCUCAUGGGGAGAAAGGCUCUAUGAAGCCUGAGCCAUCACUCGGAGAUAUCCUGGACCGCAAGGUGAUUUCUGCUAUGCUGUCAUUUGGACUCUUGCCUCUACACAACAGCACUUUCAUGCACAUUUUCCCGGUUUACUUGAGCAGCCCCCCUUCGGACAACAGCGAGGCAACACUAUUUGCUUUCAGUGGUGGUUUAGGCCUUCGAUCCGCCACGAUCGGUAUAUGGCUGUCCGUAUUUGGAGUAUGUGGUAUAUUCCUACAGCUGUUCAUAUAUCCCCGGAUGCAGGCACGGUGGGGGACACUGGGUGUGUUCCGGAUAGCGCUGGUGCUUUUCCCGAUAACAUACGCAGCUGCACCUUACCUGUCACUCGUGGCUGGAGAUCACGACGCGCGAUGGAUCUUCCUUGGCCUCGUAGUAUGUGCCCAGAUUAUGGCUCGGACGAUGGCUAUUCCGAGCACGGUCAUUCUCUUGACCGAGUCGGCACCUCAGAAAACAUGUUUGGGAACCAUUCAUGGAGCCGGUAACAUGUUGGCUAGCCUGGCACGUGCGGUUGGGCCGGCUCUCGGCGGCUGGGUGUUCGCUAUGGGUGUUCAUGAGGGAGUAGUGGGCAUGGUCUGGUGGUUUUACCUCGUCACGACGGCACUGGUCGCUUUGGCCUGGUCCUUCUUGAUGGAUGUAGAUGGAUUCACUAAAUAG